CAUAGUACAGUCGUUACAACAUGUCGUUCCGACACUUUGCAGUGAUAUGUUCACUUUUAAUAUGUGUAUAUUCAAAAUCUUUCACUUUGGUGGUAGACACGACUUAUUCUAUGCAGGAUGAGAUCAGUAUGAUAAGGACAAGAAUUAAGCCGCUGGUGAAAUCCAUUGGGAAUACAAGCUCAAUAGAAAAUUUUGUCGUCGUACCUUUUAACGAUCCGGACGUUGGCCCAGCACAAAUAUUUACGACAGAAGAUUCAUUCUUGAAAGCCAUAGAUUCUCUACCGGUGUUCGGUGGCCAUGAUAUCCCCGAAAAUUCCCUUUCUGGCUUAGAAAAGGCUUUGCAAGAAAGCAGACCUGAAUCAGACAUCUUCUUGUUCACCGAUGCUUGCGCGAAAGACGAGGCCAAGUUUGGUGAUAUUGAAAGAUUAUGUCGUAUAACACGGAGCAAGGUCAUCGUUUUUAUGAGUGGCACUUGCCCGAUUUCCGAAAGACACAGGGUAGGGAAUUUAGAAACGUACAAUCAAGUAACGAAAGUAUGUUUCGGAAACAUUUUCCAGCUGGACCUAAACAACUAUGGACAAGCUUUCCAAUUUAUGAAAGAAAUCGUAAGAGACGGAUAUAACGAUGUGAAGACGUUCGAGCCAUUUACUGACUACCGACAGCUAUCGUUUCCAGUGGACAGCUUAACUAGAGACGUGAUCGUCUCCGUCUCCGGAGAUUUUCCUUCUCUGCAGCUCUUUGAAGAGAGUGGACACAGCCCUCGGACUGAGAGCCUGAUCGAAACUAGACAACUGCAGGUUGUCAGAAUUGUAGGCCCUCACCGAGGUCUGUAUCAAGCCUCAGUGAGGUGUUCGGGAGUGAUAUCUGUCACCAUUUAUAAGAGAUCGGAAUGUCCCUUGGCUAUUGGUUUCUCACCAUUGUACCCAAGAAGUAUAGAGGAGACAACAUCAUCACCACUACCAGGUCGAGAAAGUUUUAUUUUCGUCCUUGUACCAAUGUCAUAUGAGUACAAGCUAGGUAGUUUAACAAUCCACAUGUUAAACAAAGAUAGCCAGAGAAACGUGAAUUUAAUGGAAAGUGAAGUAAGCGCCCGAGUCUAUAUCAGCAAGGCCUAUUUCGAGCCUGGGUGUACAUUUAGAAUGACUGUAAGUGGAAUCGAUAAAAUUUCUUCAGAACCAGUGCGGAUUAUCAGCAAAACAUUAGAAUCGCAAAAAGAAGUGACAAGAGCAUCUUGGUCUGCAGCCAUCAUUGAUUCUAUAAUCCCGGAGACCUCUUUAACGGACUACAAGAAAAACGCAACAGUUGCGUGUAAGGUCACUGGAUACCCUCAACCAAUAAUCUGGUGGGAAGACAAAGAUGGACAGAAGAUGACAACUGAGGAUAGUCUGUUGCAGUAUCCAGCAACAUACAUAAGUUACGUUUCAGUACCGAAUAUAAAGGAAAAUCAAACAUUAACAUGCAAAGCUAGUACUGAUACUGGGAGUGAUUCUAAAAGUACAGAUCUUUAUGUAUACAGACCAUAUGUGUUUCAAAUGAUCAAAACGCCUGAAGAUAUAACUAUAGAAUAUGAAGCAGAAGGAAAACUGUAUUGCGAAGUUAAUGCUUAUCCGGAAGCAGAAAUAAAGUGGUAUCACAACGACAAGACUGUAGUAUUUACUACAAAUGAAGCUGUAGAUGAUGAUUCUACUUUUAAUAGUUAUGAUGAAGUAGAAUAUUUUCAAGAGGAUAAUGCACUGGUUAUUAGAAAUAUGACUUCAAAAUAUGUGGGUACAUAUACUUGCGAUGUAAGAAACGGUGCAAAUGCUGUAUCAUAUCCCGUCGAAGUCAGAAUAUCUGGACUUGAAACACCUGUGUUAGAAACGACAGAAACAGAAUUGACUGCACAUCUUGGCGACGAAGUUGAAAUUGUUUGCAGUAUUUCAAAAGGAAGGCCUUACCCAACAAUAACUUGGAAAUUCAAACCUGUAGACGGCUAUGAUUUUACUGAUUUACCUAAAGAGGUUGAAAUUGAAGAAGGAAAAAUAAUCAUAGGUGAAGCGAAGUCUGAACAUAAUGGAUUUUAUAAAUGCGAAGCCAUCAAUGAGCAAGGGAAAGAUUCCCGAGAAAUACAAUUGAAAGUUAUUUAUGCCCCUAAAAUCGAAGACGCAGAAACAACUACACAAGAUGUGCUGCUGGACAAAAUGGUCACACUUGAGUGUUCCGUGGAUGCAGAACCUAAAGCCACAGUAAGGUGGGAACGCGGUGACAGCACAUACUUUCCUGAUGAGACACAUACUGUUGAAGGGAACAGUCUUAAGUUUAAGGCGCGUUACAACGACUCGGGCUCCUAUCGAUGUGUCGCAGAGAACGAGGCUGGCAAUGCCGAGAAAACCGUUAUCGUUAAUGUUCUUGUUCGUCCAUACAUCACUCCAGUGGCAAAAACCGUCACCGUAAGGACUGGUAGCUCCGUAACGCUGCCCUGUCGCGUGGAAGAAGCGAGUCCACCCCCCAACAUCACUUGGAAGUUCAUAGGGUCGGAUAACGUGAUGCGUGAACUGAAUAGGACAGAAUCCAUAUUUUUGUCGGAGCACGUUAUAAGCAGAGCGUCGAGAGCGGAAUCCGGGAAGUAUAUUUGCUACGUCGAUAAUGUCGCGGGUUGGGACCUCAUCGAAAUAGUUGUCAAUGUAAAAUAA